UCUGGGGGGUGGAGUCGCCGGGUUUCUGGCGAGGAGCUGCCGCUGCGGCGAGGACUGGACCUGCGCACUGAACUCACUGCGUCACUCUUGCAUAACGACGCCUAUCAGUCAGAAUAAUUACAUUUUAACUUAGAUUAUGUAAUUAAACGUAUUUCUUAUCUAAGAAAGUGUUAAGUGCAUAGCAAUCCCUAAUUUAAGCCCAUUGAGACACAGAGCUAUUUACAGUUUCGUCCAGCCUCUGCAGCAUGGACGCAUGCGCAGCGCGGCACAUGAGCGCCAUCUUACUUGGCAAGGAGGAACGUAUCUCAGUGUCCUGUUAUGCCUUGGUGGAAGUAUUCACGGAGAGAGUAGCUGGAACCCAAACCCUUGAAUAUGAACUAUAUUUUGCACCAACCCGUGUACGAGUGACAUUAUAGUGGACGAGGCAUUUCCCUGCCGCGGACACAAUGAAGUCAGUUUCCUGAGUGUCGUUGUGUGAGGCGGAGGCUCGCUAAGGCCUGGCAUGGUGGACGACGUCCCUCGGGAGUGACCCCUGACUCUUGCAAGGCACCGCAGUUUGUUUAUUCUUUGGUCGUGGCGCAGAUCUGACAGCAAUGACGGCAGAAAAGCAAAUCUGUUUCGGAAUAUGUCUUUGUCAGAUGAUUGCCAUCCUGUCAGGGGUGUCGCUGCUGUACUUGGCUGUCAUCGUCAUCAUCCCCUCCAAAAAUGAGCUCGCGAUGGGCUUCAGGACGACGCCGAUAAUGUGCACGACAGUAGAGGCGAUAGACCUGGCUCGGGAGGGGAAGAAAAAACCCGACGGCGAGGAGGAUGCCUGCAGCUGGACCACGUGCGGCGAGUGGUGCCUCUCCAAGGGCUCGGGCACCUGUAUGCAGAUUCGUGUAAUGGUCCGCAACAACGGCUCCAAAGUCAACUUCCGGGACUGCGUGGACAUCUCGGACCAGAACUGUUCGGCCCUCAACGUCACCAACACCCGCAGCUACAAGUGUAAGCAAGGGGAAUGCAAAGACAUUACAGGUUUGUUUUACUGCACCAAAGACGUUGAAAACAACGACUGCAAAGAGAUUACUCCCGCGUUUGUCUGUCACAACAAAAGGAUAAAUCCCAAGGGGAUCCAGUGCCUUGAAAAAUGUAAAGACCCACUCAAAGGUGUGUACUUCUGCAAGGCAGGAAAGUGCCAGGGUUUGGAGAAGGCGAGGGAUUACCUCACUGACUGCAAAAGGAAGUGCACCAACCUCGAAAUGAGGGAAAGGAACGUGAUCAUCUUCAGUCGCGAGAGGUUGGUGGCCACCGCCUGCACCUCCAUGGACUCCCCCGACAACAUCACGUCCGCCAGCAUCGAGGCCGUCAGCUCCAGCCCGGAGUGGCGAGACAAGCGUCAGGCGAUAUUCAUAUUUUGUUCCUACGUCAACAAAGUGAACGGCAAGACGACGUACGACAUUCUCACGGAGGACUGCUUCAACGCCACUAUGGGCAGCACGGAGGAGCUCAGCAAUCUCAAAGACUAUCUGCAGCUGCUGUCGCUUCACCAGAACCUCGGAAACCGCAGCGACUGGAUCAUCCCACCAGAAUCGUCCCUGCGGGUCAUGAAUAACACUCAGCUCCGCAUCAACCCCGACGGCUGCGUCAACACCCUGAGGAAGGAGUGCACGGCAUUCUUCAACACCCACGCCCACGACGGCUCGGAUGGCAUGACCCCUGACCGCUACCCUUGCUACUUCACGGAUCAAAGCAGCGAGUUCGUGAUCGGCAAAUUCAACCCCGAGAUGACCGCCACUAUCCUCCUGGUGGCCAGCAUCCUGCCGGGCUGUCUCUUCAUCUUGGCCUGCUCCUGCCUAUUUUUCUGUUCCAAAUCGGUAGGAGUGGACGACGAGGGCCACUUACGAGUGACUCUUCUGCAGGGCGGGGGCGCAGGAGGUAACGCUAGCGAGCUGUGAGCCCUCUCCUUGUGUAUCGCUCAUCACUGCUAAGGAUCCCGUACAGUUUGACGAACUGUUGUGACGGUGCACACGAUCAAGUGACUACACGCUCAUCCCCAACCAGUGAGCGCCCUCCCCUCCUUUGCCGCUCUCAGCACCCGCGAUCAAAGUAUUCAGAUAGGAUGGUCGUUUUGAGUCCACAAGCUUCAUCUAGUUGCACAAACUUUUUCAUAAGUGCACAAAUCUAAUCUAUAUAGAUAAGCAUUUGUUUCUUAACAGCUUAAAAAAAAGGCAAAAAAUAAAUAGAUAAUGGUCGUGUUCAGCGACAACAAUCUUUGAAUCUCGUUACAUCGGUCAUUGUUGAGACGCUGCCCUGCCAGCGCCUGUCCUUGGUAAUAGCGGCCCCAAAAGCCGCCUUGACACAACGAUAGCAUCACGUGUAUUUUGCUUACUGAACAGAAGGUUCAUCUUGUAAAUUUUGGCGCUAAAAGCGACCUAAACUGUUGUACCUCGUUGCCGUUACAAAGGUAGAAACGACGCCGUCAGCUAGGACCCAUGCAGUGAACAGUGGCAGCCAGUCAACAAGUCCCAAUCAUCGUAGACAAAGCUUAUGAUUUACACUCACCUGUUGUUCUCAGCGACAGACACACUGCAAUAGGCCCCAACACAUUACCCCCGGGUCUUGCCGUGUUGUCACCCAAAGAAGAGGCUACGAGAAGCUUUUUUAUAGAGGCGUCGUUAGCUUGUCAGUAGCUUGUCUCCCGGUCGACGAGAAUUGAAGCUAAGCUAUGAUAGACACAUAGGUAACAACCCUACAGCCUGGUGAAGGCAAGUAAUUUUCUGCUCCCUGGUACCCUUUAUAGUAUUAUACUGUUAUACAAAAUAAUUUGGGUGUUAAGUUGAACAGUUUCUAGCUUACAGUUCUGCUGUAUAUAUAUAUAUAUACAUAUAUAUAUUUAAAAGUGCCUAGUCCUGUUGUUAUUUAGAAUAUAGCUCAGAUUUCAAUUGUACAAGCUAUUAAACUCAAAGUAACGGUGUGAAUAAAAGCUAACUCGUGUGAUAUAUUACAUAAUGAAAUAACAAAUCACAGGUGUACAUAGUCUACAAGGUAUUUUCAUUGACGGCACCUAUCGGUCUAUUGUCAUGAACUUUCUGGGACUUGCUAAUUGGUGAUCCGUGUUCAGUUUAGAUCUUGUUCGAUAGUUUCCCGGCAGCUCCAGUCUUAGCCAGACCAGUGCCCGCAGCGCUGCCUCUUCUGGGUGCUUCAGCUGAACACACUCCACCUCCACCCACACACUUGCCUUCCACUCUCACCUUACCGUCCACUUUCUGCUCUCAAUUGUACUCUCCAUUCUCCUGAUAACACCGAGCUUCUUAGUUGAU